AUGUCUCGCCAUCACCCCGAUCUCGUCAUGUGCCGCAAGCAACCCGGCAUCUCCAUCGGCCGCCUUUGCGACAAAUGCGACGGCAAAUGCCCCGUGUGCGACUCCUACGUGCGCCCGACUACGCUGGUGCGGAUCUGCGACGAGUGCUCCUUUGGCAACUACCAGAAUAAAUGCGUCGUCUGCGGUGGCGAGGGUAUCAGUGAUGCAUUCUACUGCUUCGAAUGCACGCGUCUGGAAAAGGACCGCGACGGUUGUCCCAAGAUUAUAAAUCUGGGAAGUUCGAGGACAGAUUUGUUCUACCAAAAGAAAAGUUUUCGAAAUCAAUGA